AUGGCGCAGAAUCUACCUCAUCUCCCGGACUGGGAGCGGCUUAGUACCAACAUCAUCAGGAUCAUGGGCGGCAAUCCUAGCAAGUUCACCCUCCAAGGCACAAACACGUACCUCCUCGGCUCCGGCCCGUCGCGCAUCCUCAUCGACACCGGCAGCGGCGAGAAGAAAUGGAUCGACACCGUCCGCGCGGUCCUCACCUCCGCCUCCGCGAGCCCGAAACCACUCCACAUAUCCACCUGCCUCCUGACACACUGGCACCACGACCACAUAGGCGGCGUGACCGACCUGGAACGACUCACCGCCGACCUUAACCCGGGCCACGAAUUGAAAGUCUACAAGAACCUCCCAACCUGGAACCCGGACUCGCUGAUCGAUCCGUCUCGCGUGCACGACAUCCAUGACGGCCAGGAAUUUGUGACCGCUGGGGGAGACGGAGACGGAGACGACGACUCCUCUUCCUUCGCGAUCCAAGCCAUUCACACCCCCGGCCACGCGAAAGACCACAUGGUCUUCCAGAUCACGCGGUCGCCGGACGCUUCUGAGGUGGGCGCCCUCUUCACGGCGGACAACGUUCUCGGACACGGCACCGCCGUGUUCGAAGACCUCCAGCUGUAUCUGCAGAGCUUAGACGUGAUGAAAAGACGGGUCGUCGGCGCAAGAGCAUACCCCGGCCACGGCCAAUUCAUCGACGACGCGGUGGGCAAGAUCGACGAAUACAUCGCCCACAGACGCAUGCGCGAGGAGGAGGCCCUCAACGUGUUGAAUGAUGCGACGGGCCCGAAGGAAGUGAUCGUGGGCAAAGAAUGGGAGAGUAUGGAGAUGGUGAGGGUCAUUUAUCGGCAUUACCCGGAGAACCUGUGGGAGCCGGCGGAGAAGGGCCUGUUGAUGGUGCUGGAAAAGUUGAGGAGGGAUGGGCGCGUCGUUCGUGUGGGCGCGUCGGGGUCUGAAGGGAACAGGGGAAAAUGGAGGGUUAGUGAGAAGGCGGCGCUGUGA